UUUUAUUCAUCUGACUGUCGAUUUUUAUCCCUCGCCUCUUAUCUGCAUCACGUUAUUACUUUAAAUUUGCGCACACACACGUACUGUCAGUUCCAAAGAUAUGUGGCUCUUAUAAGAAACAAAAACACACAGUACAAACAGCUUCGUUCUCAGCUGAACGAACUGCGCGCCGAGAAGGGCAUCUUGACGUGGACUUUGGACCGAUUGCGCUCUGAGGAGGCGGAAGCUGAGAAGGCUUUGCGUGCCUCCGAGACAGCUCAGGGAAUAUCGGGAUACUGGGAGACUCAAGCUGGCCUGGAGAAGACUUCUGGAGUUGCUUGA